AUGUCAAACGACAGCGAAAACUCAUCGCACCUCCUUAUGGGAAGAAGACACGUCUCCUGGAGCGAAUCUUCCAUAACAAUAUCAGAAACCCCUCGAUCACGUGGUCUUUUCCAUCUUUUGAAAACCAACUACACCAUCAUUAUAUCCCUAGUCUUCGGCAUCACAUGCAUUAUUGCCGCUUUCAUAUUUACCCUAUGGUUCGGAAGACAGACCUUCGGAUGUCCCACCUGGACAAUUAAUUGCGCGGAAUCCGUGCCAAAGUUGGUGAAAAAUUAUGCCUUGGUUCAGGGUGUCGUGACAAUAGUGCAUGGCAUUGGAAUGGCUGCAAUUGCAUAUCCUGCCUACGCAUUUGCUUCCGCCGCCCUGUGGCCGAUUUACCAUGAACGCUCUCAUCCGUUGAAUAAGAUAGACACUUAUCUUGCAGCCUCUCUUGGAUCCCUUCCUGCUCUCUUUCAAGCAAUUUUUAAAUCUUUCGGAGGUAGAGCUUUAAUGGUUUUGCCCUUUGUCCUGGUCAUUGCUGUUCUUGUCCAAGUAAGUGAUUCUAGCCAUCCAUGAGCAUCUCAGAGUCCUAAAUAAAUCCAGUCAAUGCGGGUAUUGUGGGCUUUGUAUAUACUCGUCAGAACGUCACCAGGACAUUUUUGAGCAAAUAUGAUGUUGGUGGUGGCAUCGGGCUAAGGUUCAAGCAGGAGAACCCACCAGGAACUUUGCCUGAACCCAUCACCAACGCCAUGAAUCUGUACGCAUCUUGGAGCAGUGAGCUUGCGAAAGAACUAUUGCCACAGCUCCGAAAUUUCUUCAUGGACAGAGAUAAACUUCAAGAGCGCGGCAACAUGUCAGCAAGAGCGAUAGAAAUCCAGCAGAACAUCGAUUGUACUGGGACUGCCAUAAACAUAAUUAAGGAAAUUGACAAGAAAGUCUUUAGCAGAUAUCGUUUACGAAUUCCAACAAACUUUAAGAGUGGAAACAAGGACGGUGAUGAUUCGGUCACCAUCAGAGCACAGCCUAGACUUACUCUAUGGGUAGACAACAUCCUUUACAACAAAAAAUGGAGUGCCGUUACUCGGAUCAUUUUUGCGGCUAUCAGUUGA